AUGGUUAUCAUAACCUGUAAAAUAUUGUUUAGCAAGAAUGAAUUUCUGUUGUUGACCACCUGCCAGGCCUGGCGGAUCAUCCUCCCUAAUGUGAUUGUUAACUUGCUGCUUGAGUUGAUGUUCGAGACUACUUUUAAUAGUAGUAAACUGAGUGUUGAAUUGCUCCAUAAGCUUAUUUUGGCCAAGCACAAUUGGACUCUUUUCCUCCUUAAUCUGCUCAGCCGCCUUGUCAAUCGCCGUCCUGGCCGCAUUCUUGAUCUGCUUUUGAGCUUCGCCGUCGAACUGGUUAACUGCUUCUUCAAGGCCACCAACUGCACUUUUAAGAUCUCUUGUGACUUCAUCUCUAAACUUCCUUUCAAUUUCUGUACUAACUUCAUUCCUCACUUCACCCAACCUCUUGUCCACGGCUUGGGCGGGGCUUUCCUUUUGGCCGGGGGGAGGAAGGGAAUUGUUUGUCGCCGCUUUAAGCUUCUCAUCAAGUUCCUCAGCAAUCGGCGUGAUAGUGUCCAGGAUGCCAGCGAUGUUUGCGCUAUCGGGGCUGAGAAACACAGACUUCAGUUCGUUGCCCACCUGACGGGACACGGCGGCGAGUGCACCCAGGAUGACAGCGGUGACAGAGUUUUGCUUACACUCUGUGCCUCUGCAGUGACUGCAAUAGCAUAUGCAUUUUGCGUCGCGUUUUAUGUAACUUGUCAACUUUUCCUUAACCUUAGAGACUAUGCCAGAUUUAACACUGUCCGGUUCCUUCAGUUUCCCGUCAAGAUCAUCGGCGAAUGCCUCGCAGCCUGCCUUCACAGCUUGAAUGCUUUUUGCAAUAUCUCCGCCGUCGCCAUUUUUCACGCUUUGAACCUUUCGGCCUGCUUCAUCUGCUUGGAUCUUAAGCUGUUCCUUAAAACCAUUUGCGAUAUUCUGGAUGGCGUUACUUGUACUCCCAUUAACAAUCUUGUCAUUAAUCUUAUUACUUACCAAACCGUUAUGCGGCAAAAUAGUCUUUUCAAUCCAGCCCUUCACUAUAUUCUUGAACGCCCACUGCCCAGCAAAUGCACUGAAAUAAUUCUCUACCUUGGACUUAAUCCCAUCCAGGCCUGA